AUGGCAGCGAAGGCGCAGGAAGGCAACGUGAUCAGCCUCAAUGAUCUCAGCAAACACAACACGAAGGCGGAUUGCUGGAUAGCUGUGCACUCCAAGGUUUGGGAUAUCACCGAUUUUAUCAGCGAGCAUCCUGGAGGUCCGUCAGUUCUGCUCAAGUGCGCCGGCUCGAACGCCACCAAGAUCUUCGAUGAAGUCCACGCUCCGGAUAUUCUCGAAGAGCUCCCGGAGGAGAAGUUCAUUGGCAUACUGAAGGAUGCCACUCCGGACGUGCCGGCUGCGGCAUCACAGCCAAGAGGCAAGAAUGGCGUAGCUACGGCACCGGCGGAGGUUGCUCAGGCACCGUCAUCAACGCAGGAAGAGGAUAUCAUCCCGCCUCUGGAGUCCAUCAUCAGCGCUCCGGAUCUCACAGUAGUAGCGUCCAAGGCGCUGACGCCGAAGACAUGGGCGUUCUACUCUUCCGCCGCUACUGAUCUCAUCACAUACACCAAGAACAAGGAGCUCGUGCGCAGGAUCAUGAUCCGACCCAGGAUCCUGAGAAACGUGUCACAUGUGGACUUCAAGACCAACAUUCUCGGCUUUGAGAGUUCAGCUCCCUUCUUCAUCUCUCCUGCAGCUAUGGCCAAGCUGGUACAUCCUGAUGGAGAACUUGCUCUGAGUCGUGGAGCAGCCAGUGAAGGUAUCAUCCAAUGUAUCUCGAGCAACGCAUCGUACACGCUCAAGUCGAUCGUCAACGCGGCUCCUGCCAAUCAGCCGUUCUUCUUCCAACUCUACAUCAACUCCGAACGCCACAAGACCAUCGAGAUUCUCAGGUCCGCUCGGGCGCUUGGUAUCAAGGCUAUCUUCGUGACGGUUGAUGCGCCAGUGCCGGGUAAGCGAGAGGCCGACGAACGAGCUGCUCAGGCAGGCACAAUCCGGUCAGCCAUCAGCAACGCCGAGAGCAGCAAGGACAAGAAGGGCAGCGGACUGGGACGUCUCAUGGCUCAGUACAUUGACAAGUCAAUCACCUGGGAAGAUCUCACGUGGAUCCGGGAGGCGAGUGGCGUACCGAUCGUUCUCAAGGGCGUUCAGACCGCAGACGAUGUCCGCUUGGCUGUUGAAUACGGCGUAGAUGGUGUUCUCCUUAGCAACCACGGGGGUCGCUCGCUUGAUGGUUCGCAAGCUUCGAUCCUUGUCCUGCUAGAACUCAGAGAGCAGUGCCCAGAGGUCUUCGACAAACUCGAAGUCUACAUCGAUGGUGGUUUUGAGCGCGGCUCGGACAUUCUCAAGGCCAUCGCGCUCGGCGCAACUGCGGUGGGCGUGGGCCGACCAUACCUGUACUCCCUGGUCUACGGCCAAGAAGGAGUUGAGCAUCUCACGCAGAUCCUCAAAGAUGAGAUCGAAACCUCGAUGCGACUCUGCGGUAUUACAAGCCUGAGUCAGGCCACGCCUGCGAUGGUCAAUACCUUGGAUGUGGACUACAUGGUCAUGUCUGAGGCGCAGUCCAGGCAGAAGAAGCCCCUGAGAAGAGCCAGAGCCAAGUUGUGA